UGUGGAAAAAGAAGUCCUGACAGCUCCAUGUUGAGCAAAGCUGAAUUUGUUGAGAAAGUCCGACAGAGCAACCAGGCUUGCCACGAUGGAGACUUGCAUACAGCGAUCACGCUGUACAACGAGGCCCUGGGGGUCGACCCGCAGAACUGCAUACUCUACAGCAACCGUUCUGCAGCCUACAUGAAAAUUCAUCAGUACGACAAGGCCCUGGAUGAUGCAAUCAGAGCACAACUUCUGAAUCCCAAAUGGCCAAAGGCAUACUUCCGGCAGGGCGUAGCCCUUCAGUACCUUGGGCGUCAUGCGGAUGCACUGGCAGCAUUUGCGUCGGGCCUGGCUCAAGAUCCCAAGAGUCUUCAGCUUCUGGUUGGCAUGGUCGAGGCCGCCAUGAAGUCCCCCAUGCGAGAAUCCCUGGAGCCAACCUAUCAACAGCUGCAGAAGAUGAAGCUGGACAAGAGCCCCUUCGUUGUGGUGUCUGUGAUAGGCCAGGAACUUCUGACUGCAGGUCAUCACGGUGCAUCUGUGGUUGUGCUAGAAGCUGCCCUGAAGAUCGGCACUUGCAGCCUGAAGCUAAGGGGAUCAGUGUUCUCUGCGCUGAGCAGCGCUUACUGGUCCCUGGGGAAUACAGAGAAAAGUACUGGAUACAUGCAGCAGGACCUGGACGUAGCCAAGUCUUUAGGUGACCAGACGGGCGAAUGACGAGCUCAUGGAAAUCUGGGCUCUGCAUUCUUCUCCAAAGGAAACUACCGGGAGGCCCUUACUAACCACAGACAUCAACUGGUGCUCGCCAUGAAACUCAAAGACAGAGAGGCAGCGUCCUCAGCACUGAGCAGUUUGGGCCAUGUGUACACAGCCAUUGGGGACUACCCAAACGCGCUGGCUAGCCACAAGCAGUGCGUCCUCCUUGCAAAGCAGUCCAAAGAUGAACUCUCUGAGGCACGGGAGCUGGGCAACAUGGGGGCAGUGUACAUUGCAAUGGGGGAUUUUGAAAAUGCCGUGCAAUGCCAUGAACAGCAUCUUAAGAUCGCCAAGGAACUGGGGAACAAGCGGGAGGAAGCCCGAGCCUACAGCAACCUAGGCAGUGCUUACCACUACCGGAGGAACUUCGACAAAGCCAUGUCCUACCACAACUAUGUGCUGGAGUUGGCCCAGGAGCUGGCUGAGAAGGCCAUUGAGAUGCGAGCUUAUGCUGGUCUGGGCCAUGCAGCUAGAUGUAUGCAGGACCUGGAGAGGGCUAAGCAGUACCAUGAAGAACAGUUGCACAUUGCUGAGAGCCUCCAGGACCGAGCUGCUGAAGGCAGAGCCUCCUCCAAUCUAGGAAUCAUCCACCAGAUGAAAGGUGACUAUGACACUGCGCUGAGGCUGCAUAAGACACAUCUGUCCAUCGCUCAGGAGCUAAGUGAUUACGCUGCCCAGGGCAGGGCCUACGGCAACAUGGGCAAUGCCUACAACGCUCUGGGCAUGUAUGACCAGGCAGUGAAGUACCAUCGACAGGAGCUGCAGAUUUCCAUGGAAGUGAAUGACCGUGCCUCGCAGGCAUCCACGCAUGGGAACUUGGCAGUUGCCUAUCAAGCACUGGGUGCUCACGACCGUGCUCUGCAGCACUAUCAAAAUCACCUCAAUAUUGCCCGAGAGCUGCGAGACAUCCAGAGUGAAGCACGGGCCCUCAGCAACUUGGGCAACUUCCACUGCUCUCGAGGAGAGUAUGUACAGGCCGCCCCUUACUAUGAGCAGUACCUGCGCUUGUCCCCAGAGCUGCAGGACAUGGAAGGGGAGGGGAAGGUUUGCCAUAACCUUGGCUAUGCCCACUACUGCCUUGGGAACUAUGAAGAAGCUGUAAAGUACUAUGAGCAGGAUCUUGCUUUAGCAAAGGAUCUUCAUGACAAGCUGAGCCAAGCCAAAGCUUAUUGCAACCUUGGCUUGGCCUUCAAAGCCUUGAUGGACUUCAGCAAAGCAGAGGAGUGUCAGAAGUAUCUGCUGUCCCUGGCUCAGUCUCUGAACAAUUCCCAAGCCAAAUUCCGAGCUCUGGGGAACUUAGGGGAUAUUUUUGUCUGUAAGAAAGAUGUAAAUGGUGCAAUAAAAUUUUAUGAACAACAGUUGAGCUUAGCCCAUCAUGUUAAAGACAGGAGAUUGGAAGCCAGUGCCUAUGCAGCCUUGGGUUCUGCAUACAGGAUGAUACAAAAAUGUGACAAGGCUUUAGGCUACCAUACACAAGAACUGGAGGUGUACCAGGAGCUGGGGGAAAUGCCGGGCGAAUGCAGAGCACAUGGGCACCUUGCUGCAGUGUAUAUGUCUCUCGGGAAGUACACCAUGGCUUUCAAGUGCUACGAAGAACAGCUGGAGCUUGGGCAGAAGCUGAAGGACCCUAGCAUAGAAGCCCAAGUCUACGGUAACAUGGGCAUUACCAAAAUGAACAUGAACAUCAUGGAGGAAGCUAUUGGCUACUUCGAACAGCAGCUGGCCAUGCUGCAGCAGCUUAGUGGAAACGAAUCUGUGUUAGACCGAGGCCGAGCCUAUGGGAACCUGGGAGAUUGUUACGAAGCUCUGGGAGAUUUUGAGGAAGCUAUAAAGUAUUAUGAACAGUACCUGUCUGUGGCUCAAAGUCUGAACCGUAUGCAAGAUCAGGCAAAGGCCUACCGAGGCCUGGGCAAUGGACACAGGGCCAUGGGGAGCUUGCAGCAGGCUCUGGUGUGCUUUGAAAAGCGGCUUGUGGUGGCACAUGAACUGGGGGAGGCCUUUAACAAAGCGCAGGCCUAUGGCGAGCUGGGCAGCCUGCACAGCCAGCUGGGCAACUACGAGCAAGCCAUUUCAUGCCUGGAGCGCCAGCUGAACAUCGCGCGGGAGAUGAGGGACCGCGCUCUGGAGAGCGACGCAGCCUGCGGCCUCGGCGGCGUCUACCAGCAAAUGGGAGAGUACGACACAGCCCUGCAGUACCACCAGCUAGACCUGCAGAUUGCGGAGGAGACCAACAACCCCACGUGCCAGGGCCGGGCCUACGGGAACCUGGGCCUCACCUAUGAGUCCCUGGGCACGUAUGAGAGAGCGGUUGUCUAUCAGGAGCAACAUCUCAGCAUUGCAGCACAAAUGAAUGACCUUGUAGCCAAAACUGUGUCUUACAGCAGUCUGGGGAGGACUCAUCAUGCCUUGCAGAACUACUCUCAGGCUGUGAUGUAUCUGCAAGAAGGACUGAGGCUGGCAGAGCAGUUGGGUCGCAGAGAAGAUGAAGCCAAGAUCCGCCAUGGCCUGGGCCUCUCCCUCUGGGCGAGCGGGAACCUGGAGGAGUCCCAGCACCAGCUUUACCGGGCCUCGGCGCUGUUCGAAACUAUCCGACAUGAGGUACAGCUGAGCACAGACUACAAGCUGUCGCUCUUCGACCUGCAGACAUCCUCCUACCAGGCCCUGCAGCGAGUGCUCGUCAGCCUUGGUCAUCAUGAUGAAGCCUUGGCUGUGGCUGAGAGAGGACGAACGAGGGCCUUUGCUGAUCUGCUUGUGGAACGCCAGACAGGACAGCAGGACUCUGAUCCCUAUUCUCCAGUGACCAUCGACCAGGUCCUGGAGACCGUAAACAGCCAGAGGGGGCUUGUUCUCUACUACUCACUGGCUGCAGGUUAUCUCUACAGCUGGCUUCUGGCUCCUGGGGCAGGAAUCCUCAAGUUCCACGAGUGCUACCUGGGCGACGGGCUGGCGGAGAGCGCGGGGGACUUCCCGGAAGGCAGCAGCGCGGCGCUGCAGACGGCGACGAGCUCGGCGCUGGAGCUGCACGUCUCCAGCGUGCGCGAGGCGCUCGGCGUGGACUCCUACUACAGCCGAGCCUGUGCCAGCAGUGAGACUGAGAGUGAAGCUGGGGAUAUCAUGGACCAACAGUUUGAGGAGAUGAAUAACAAGCUGAAUUCCAUGACUGAUCCAACUGGCUUGAACAGGUUUCUGCAACUAACCUUUCAGUUGUCUUUUGUCCACAGGAGCUGUCAGAGCAUGACCAGUCUGUUCAGCAGUACCAUGUCUCCUGUUAAGGAUGGGACGUCUUCUCUUCCAAGGAGGCAGACUUCCUUCACCAAGCCCCCGCUCCGUGCGCUCUAUGACUUGCUGAUAGGACCCAUGGAAGGAGGUUUGAUGCAUUCCAGUGGUCCCGUUGGCCGCCACCGCCAGCUGAUCCUGGUUCUGGAGGGAGAACUGUACCUCAUUCCUUUCGCUCUUCUGAAGGGCAGUUCCUCCAACGAGUACCUCUACGAGCGCUUCAGCCUCAUCGCGGUGCCAUCCAUCCAGUCGCUGAACCCCAGCUCCAAGUCCCACGUGAGGAAGAAUACUCCUGCUUUCUCCAGUUCUACCUCAAUGGCAGCUGUCAUAGGAAAUCCCAAGCUCCCUUCAGCAGUUAUGGACAGGUGGCUGUGGGGCCCUAUGCCCUCUGCAGAAGAGGAGGCAUAUAUGGUGUCCGAGUUACUUGGCUGCCAACCCUUAGUUGGCAAUGCAGCAACAAAGGAGAGGGUCAUGAGUGCCCUGUCUCAGGCAGAAUGUGUCCAUUUUGCCACCCACAUUUCCUGGAAGCUGGCUGCCUUGGUCCUGACGCCCAACACUGACAGCAAUCCAACCAGCAGCAAGAGCUCUUUCGGGAACCCCUACACAAUACCAGAAUCCCUUCGGAUGCAAGAUGAUGCCAGCGAUGCAGAGAGCAUCUCAGACUGCCCUCCUCUCCAGGAGUUUCUGCUCACAGCAGCUGAUGUCCUGGAUCUGCGGCUUCCUGUUAAAUUAGUGGUUCUUGGGUCUUACCAAGAAUCCAACAGCAAAGUCACUGCCGAUGGGGUCAUUGGCUUGACAAGAGCGUUCCUGGCUGCUGGGGCCCAGUGUGUCCUGGUGUCACUCUGGCCUGUUCCUGUGGCUGCUUCCAAAAUGUUUGUGCAUGCCUUCUAUUCCUCCCUCCUAAAUGGGAUGAAAGCCAGUGCAGCCCUUGGGGAAGCGAUGAAAACUGUGCAGAGCAGCAAGCAGUUCUCACACCCAUCCAACUGGGCAGGCUUCACGCUCAUCGGGUGUGAUGUGAAGCUGAACAGCCCUUCUUCGCUGGUGGGACAGGCCCUGACGGAGAUUCUGCAGCACCCCGAGAGGGCACGGGAUGCCCUGCGUGUCCUGCUACAUCUGGUGGAGAAGUCAUUGCAGCGGAUCCAGAACGGGCAGCACAACUCCAUGUACACCUCCCAGCAAAGCGUGGAGAAUAAAGUGGGCGGCAUUCCCGGCUGGCAGGCGCUGCUCACGGCCGUGGGCUUCCGCCUGGACCCCCCCAGCAGCGGCCUCCCCGCCGCCGUCUUCUUCCCCACCGCGGACCCCGGCGAGCGGCUGCAGCAGUGCAGCACCACCAUACAGUCCCUGCUAGGUUUGCCUAACCCUGCACUUCAGGCACUUUGUAAACUUAUCACAGCUUCAGAAACCGGAGAACAGCUUAUCAACCGGGCUGUUAAAAAUAUGGUGGGAAUGCUACAUCAAGUCUUGGUUCAACUUCAGGCAGGAGAGAAGGAGCAGGAUUUCUCCUCCGCACCAAUCCAGGUUUCAAUCAGUGUCCAGCUCUGGAGGCUUCCUGGCUGUCACGAGUUUUUGGCAGCUCUAGGUUUUGAUCUUUGUGAAGUUGGGCAAGAGGAGGUGAUUCUGAAAACUGGGAAACAAGCUAAUAGGAGGACAAUGCACUUUGCUCUACAGUCCUUGCUGGCACUUUUUGAUUCUACGGAGCUUCCUAAGCGCCUUAGCCUGGACAGUUCCUCAUCGCUAGAAUCUCUGGCUUCUGCUCAGUCUAUUUCCAACCCAGUAGUACCUCAGUAUCAAAACCCUCCAUUCUCUCCUACUUGUCCAGAUGGCAUUGCCUCGGAUGCCAUUUCUGUGUAUAGCCUGAGCUCUAUUGCUUCUUCCAUGAGUUUUGUUUCCAAGCCAGACAGCAAUCCAGAUGGUGCCGGGCACAGAGGACGCCAGGACUACGAGAGACCCAAGAACAUCUACCCACAUAGACCUUCUGGAGCACAGAGCCAGCUGUCACUGCAAACCAGCACUGUGGUGAGCAAAGAUGAGGAGGAGUAUGAAGGAUUUUCCAUAAUUAGCAAUGAGCCUUUGGCGAGUUACCAAGAAAACAUGAAAACAAGAUUUUCCCCUGAUCAUAAACAGCCCAAAACUGAUCAGACUGGAAGUAUUAAAGAAUCUGUCAUUUCCAAGGGGAGUGUAAGUACCCCAAAUUCUCCUGUUAAAAUGACUCUUAUUCCCAGUCCAAACUCACCUUUCCAAAAAGUUGGGAAACUUGCAAGUUCUGAUACUGGGGAAUCUGACCAAUCUAGCACUGAGACGGACAGCACUGUCAAGUCGCAGGAGGACAGCAAUCCAAAGCUUGAUCCCCAGGAGUUGGCCCAAAAAAUUCUGGAGGAAACUCAGAGUCACCUCAUUGCUGUUGAACGUCUUCAGAGAAGCAGCAGUCAAAUAAGCAAAGGCAACAACUCAGAUGAUGGGGCCUCCACACCAGCAGGUGCAUCUGCAUUCAGAUCCUCAGAGACCAGCGCGUUCAGUAGGCCAGUCAGCUCCAGUCAGAAGAACCAGUCGUCACCUGUUGCAAUUAAACCAAAGCCUCCAACAAGGAGUUCGUCCCUGCAGAAAGUGAGUUCUGGCUAUAACAGCCCCACGACAUCCGAGAUGUCCAACAAAGAAGGCACAGGCCAGUACAGCGGGCAGCCGUCCCCAAGUUCCGAUUCACACGGAUCCUUGACUGAACAGCCUCACUUCAAACUCAAGUACCCCAGCUCUCCUUACAGUGCUCAUAUUUCUAAAUCACCCAGAAAUAUCUCUCCAAGCUCAGGGCAUCAGUCUCCUGGCGGCAGCACUCCAUCUCCUGCUCUGUCUUAUUCCUCAGCUGGUUCUGCUCGCUCAAGCCCAGCUGAUGCCCCAGAUAUAGAUAAACUGAAAAUGGCAGCCAUCGAUGAAAAAGUGCAGGCAAUUCACAACUUAAAGAUGUUCUGGCAAAGCACCCCCCAGCACUCCCCUGGCCCAAUAAAGAUUUUCCGAGGAGCUCCUGGAACAAUGACUUCUAAGAAAGAUGUCCUCAGCUUACUAAACUUAUCUCCACGACACAGCAAAGAAGAAAGUGCAGAUAAGCUGGAACUAAAGGACCUAUCUAUUCAGCAACACCUUGCUUCUCCACAAAAGAACCCUCCUAAUGGACACAGGCACCCUGAGUCUACAAAUGCAGUGACAGCAACUCAUUCUGCACCUUCCAGUAGUGCUCCGGGAACUGUACGCCCUUUGAGGCUGCCCUCUGGGAAUGGUUAUAAAUUUUUGUCACCGGGAAGAUUUUUUCCUUCCUCCAAAUGUUGAAAUGUCCUGUAUACCAACUGAUGACCUACAGUUUUGUUAAAAGUAUUUGCUUCUGCCCACUUGCCUAUAUCAAUACAGAACCACAG